AUGGAUUUGUUGACAGAUACCGAACGGCGAUUAACCGUAGAACGACUCCUAAAGUUCCAAGGCACCGCCAAAAUCGACCUUAACCAAAUCUCUCUCCAGCCACUCAUGAGCCGUGAGAUUGACCAGAAGAACGUGGAACGAUUACGUGAUAUCUUUGCUAAAGAUGGGUGCCAACGACUCGAUAUUCGAAAUCACGUGACUGCUGUUGUCUUUAGGCAGCACCUCGAAAGAGCAUGCCAUGCCGCAGGAUUGACCCCCGAAGAACUUAAAACUUGUCAACCGCAAUACCCCCGCCUUCUUUUUCGUAGGCAUCAAGUACAAUGCCUCCAUGGACAACAUAGAUUGAAAGCUGCUGAGGAAACCUUACCUCCCUCAGACCGGUGGUGGACGGUGGAUAUAUAUCUGGAUGACAUAAGCCCUGAUCUAAGAACUGCACUCAUAGAUGAAUAUGCAAACGAAAAGGCUCCGACUGAUGGAGAAGUGUACCGGAAAAUCCGCCAGUAUCAGCAGGAGGCGAACGCGCUCUUUCAGAAUCGUUGGUGGACCCGAUUAUCGCCGAACAAAGCCAAGCGGCUGAGGCAGCUCACUUCCCCAGAUAACACACAUCUCUGUGCAGCAUUUGAUGCGUUACUUGCGAUCCCCGGGCUCUGGAAUGGGAUGAGCCUUGGGUUGUUAAACACAGUCCUGGCUUUAAAGUGUGAUGAAGAACUCAUUCACUACUUGACACAUGUGAAGAAUUUUUGGGCAACCCUUGUCAACCAUGACCGCACUCGGAUGACCCUUAUUGACCUCCACACCGUUGACACCCUGCAGCUUUAUGCUCCUCGUGCAUCUAAAGUUGACCGGAAGACGGUGAAGGGGAAAAUCCUCGGCGGGGAGGUCUUCUCCAACUUUAGCCGGUCCGAACGUGCGGCCAUAUGGAAGACGAUCCGGACCCAUGAAAUGUGCGAUGGCAUCAUCCCCUCCCUUCAUACCUUUUUCCGCGAUAUUUCCUACCUGGAACUCUGUGCCAACGCCGUGAAACGGCUGGUUGUUUUGAACAAGCAACAGCCGACCGUGCGAAGCGCGCUAGUUCAUAGCUUUCGAUCCCGUCGCGUUAGCGGAUCUUGUCUAAUCCAGACAUCGGAGACUUCUUUCCGACGACAGCCUGGAUCUAGGGAUGAACGUAUAUCCUCUGGUUAUCGUCAAAUCUGGAUGUACGCGAUGCGACACUACCCGGACAUGGCCAAGGAUCUUCAGCGCGGCCCAAAGGCUAAUCCCACGCGGGCAAAGGCACGAGCGAGGGCGGACGAGAGCGUGAUUCACGGAAUGGCCACCCUUGCCAAGCAGCUAGGAUUUCAUACUCCACCAAUUAAGGCGAUCCUACGACAAUCACCUGACCAGCAGAUUGCCCGGGCUGCCCUGCUCAAAGCACGGAAGCCGGAUCACUACCACUAUGACCAUGAGACUUUCGAGUCUCUUGUUGAGCAGAUUGCUGGUUAUUUUGCGCUCGCUAUCCCAAACGAGGCCGCACCGGUGGCGUAUAUCACGGGACGGGCAAUUCAGCUAAAGGAGCGCUGUGGAGUGCCUCAGGAGCAAACCCAGCAACUAGACCGUCCGCAUAUCUUCUUUGACACCCUACACUCGGCAACGGUGUCGCAAAGAAACCUCUCAUCGCUGGAGGUGAGACGAAGCGUUUACUACGCCUUUUUCGGCAAGCCCUCCCCAACAACCUCCCCACGUGCUUCUCCGGGGCAUCCAUCGUCCAGCGAGCCUCUUUCACCAUUGUUUAUCCCCAGCGAUGUUCCGAGAUCAGAGUCGGAACCGGCAUACGACAAUAUGUCGAUAAACGGCUCUGAUGAGGCGUCAUUCCAUGGCCGUCAGGAUCGUUCGGAAACCCCUGAAGAACAACAUCAGAGGCAAGGAGAUCGGUCUGACGCAGAACAUCCGAUUCGACGGCAGAUUGCCGAACAACCGCCGGCAGGUAGCAGAGGAAUGGAUUCUGACAGUGAGGAACCGGAAGAUACGGAGAUCGAUGAAGAUGACCUACGUAACCGAUCAGAGGGUGGGAGUCCUGGGGUGGAGGACACAGCCGCUGUGGUUCAUUCGAUAUCAGGGGCGCCAGACGAUACGGAGAUGUCCAGCGUACCAGACGAGGGAGCAGAUGCAGUGGACGGGGCCAUGGACAUGGGUUCAUCCGCACUGACCCAAUCCGACUCGGUGGAAGACCGUGCUGGAAUUCCAACUACAUUAUCACACCAGUCAAGUGUUCAGUCACCAACAAUCCCCACAGUGCGUAAGGAUGCGACAUGGGAACCAUAUGAUGCUACACAGAAAGGCAACUGCAACGUGACAAAAAGAUCGCUUGCCGCUCGAGGCCAGUCGAUCGCACAGGGUACUAUGACCAACUCGGAGCCAAGCGCGGAGCAACGGCCUGGAUUUGGUCCGUUGCAACCCAUCGCAGAGCACACUGAACUGGAAGUAACUCGGUCGGUCGACGAGCCGGAUGGCGCGGAGCGUAUUUCUGGAGGACCAUUACCAGCUGAAGCUCAGCAAGGAACAGUCGGAGAGCAAAUUCCGCCCGGAACGGAACUCAUCGCUGGAGCGGGUGGAGAAUCCCAAGAAGAUCUAGUUGCCCGGGAGCGCGCGGAUGCUCUCGACCAGCUACAAACACCUGGGGCUAUCCCCCGGCCUCUGACUGAGCUUCCCCUUGACUUGCCGGAUCUGAUUACACGAUUGCGGGACGAGGGAAGCCAGCUGAAGGAUGAAAGUGUACCCCUUGCCAAUCAUCCAACGCAGGGACAUCCGGAACCAGGGGCUGGAGUUGCUCCGCCACGUACUGAACCCCCCGUGCCCAGUGCGAUGGAGAACUCGCGUGGUAGUCCACAGGACGAUGAGAAUGUCCCACAGUCUCCCCGUCAGCGCCUGAGAACCAGUCCGCAACCACGCAAAUCAGAUGGCGUGCGGAAACUGCGGGCGAAGAACCGACUGGCGCAUCAAGAUCCUAAUCGGGCAGGAACUCGGGAUGCCGCCAUCGCAGAUGAGAUAUGGAAUAGUGAUGACGGGGACGAAAACUUGGCCGGUGUUGCUGACGCGGGCCCCUCUCCACUGGACACCGAACGAUACCCAGCCAAUACACCCAAACCCGAACAGGCUCAACGCGAAGCGAUUGACAGACAGGAAGAGGAGGAUUCCCUGUUUGACACUCCGCAUUCGUUGGAAGAAGCGGAUUCCCAAGAGAUGGAAGAGGCCCAGCGGCGGGUCACGAUAACCUUUCAGGUCUACGAGCGAAGUCAAUGGAGCACUACGGAUGUGGUGUCGGUGAGCCUUGAUCACCUUGCCGAGGCGCAAACUCUCGCCGACGGAUAUGCACGGGACCCCAACCGGAAUGCGCGUUUCUACGAUGGCCAACUUCGCAAAGUUGCGGUCGAUGAGUGCAUUCGCGCAGCGAUUGAGGAUGCGGGUGAAAGCCAACGCCGGCACUGCGUUGACCGGACCCGUUCAGACGCCGGAGGAUCCAGCUCCGACGGCGACCAGCGCACCCACCUCGAGUGUGAGCGAGCGACGCAACCGCAAAACACUCACGCCUCGGAUCGUCGCUCGGCGGGCGCAGGAUGUGCGGCCCCGUCAGGCAGAGGCAACUCCUCAGCCCGUGACGAUCGUACGGCGCAUGAGGUGGUCGUUGAUCGGUCGGAUCCAUCGCAGGUAGAACGGGUGGCGAGAAAGGAGGCGAGAAACCGGCAGGCAACGUUCUACGAUAAGAAUCUGCGGCUGCUCACGCCCGCACAAUGCUUCAAGGCGGCCAUUGAGGAUGACACCAAUACCAUCUUUAUGCACUUCGGGGGGGAGCUUGCGAUGGACGAAGACACGAUGAGGUCGAUCGCACGCGACGUGGAACUGUGA